GCGAAACCAAAUGUAAUCGGUUGGUAUUUUACUCAGGCAGUGUUUGGGGACCUUCCGGGGUCCACCAAAGCUGAUGACGUUUUUCCCGAGACAAAGACAUUGCAAGCAAAACUUUUUCGAAUAUUUGAUUUAUUUUCUUACUUGUUGAAAACAAUUUCAAAAAGUCAAAUCAACACCGAAAUCCCGAGAGAAGUUUGCUGAGCGCAGAAAGCAAUAACAGAUAAUCGGGUUACGGUGGGAUGAUCAGUGUCGUUUUUCCUGUACAAUCAAGCGAAGACAUUUUCCGGGUAAAGAAGCAGACCGGACCAGACUCCGGUUCCAGAUCUGAGGGAGGAGUCAGGAUGGAGUCCAGGUCCAGUCAGACGGUCUAUGGGUCCAGUCUGAGCUGUCUGCUUCAUUUGUAACGCCGGGCUCAGAGUAACGUUAGUGAGCUGCAGUCAUCGGGCUGAUUUCUAACUCAGGGUUUUGGACUCUAAUGUCUCAUGAGCAGGUCUUGUUCUCCAGCGUGUUGUGCUUUUAACUCGGCUCCUUGUCUAAAGUGUGGCUGAUGAGGAGCAGCUUCUGGACAGCUGGGAGGCCUUUGCAGGAGCAGCCAUGCCUCAGAAGAACCCCCAGACUGCCCACUACAUCGAGCUAGGAGGUUACCAGUACUGGCCGGUUCUGGUGCCCAGAGGUAUCCGCUUGUACACUUACGAGCAGAUCCCAGUGUUCCUGCGUGAGAACCCCUACAUCACGGACGGAUACAGAGCCUACCUGCCCUCCAGACUCUGCAUCAAAAGUAUUUUUAUUCUGUCCAAUGAGACAGUGAACAUCUGGAGCCACCUGCUGGGUUUCCUGCUCUUCUUCUGUCUCGGGGUGUACAACAUGGCCUCAGUGCUGCCGGCUGUCGGUGCCUCCAGAGAGGAUUACGUCAUUUACUCAAUUGGACUCUUCUGUUUCCAGGUGUGCAUGCUGUGCUCUGUGGGGUACCACAUGUUCUGCUGCCAUCGCUCGGAGAAGACCAGCCGCCGCUGGAUGGCGCUUGAUUAUGCUGGAGUCUCCAUUGGGAUCCUGGGCUGCUACGUCCCCGGUGUCUUCUACACCUUUUACUGCAACAAUUACUGGCGGCAGGUGUACUUGGUGAUGGUUCUGGCAAUGAUCCUGGCUGUGUUCUUCGCCCAAAUCCAUCCUCAGUACCUGAGCAAGCCGUGGAAGCAGCUGCGCUCGCUCAUCUUCUGCUUGGUGGCGGGGUACGGCCUCAUCCCCACCGUCCACUGGAUCUGCAUCAUGGGGGGGUUCUCCUCGGAGCUGGUCCAGGCUUUUGUCCUGCGAGUCCUUGGGAUGUACUUGAUCGCAGCUUUAGCUCUAAUUUUCUAUGUUUCCAAGGUUCCUGAGCGCUACUUCCCAGGUCAGCUCAACUACCUGGGCUCCAGUCACCAGGUGUGGCACAUGCUGCUGGUUCUCCUGUUUUACUGGUGGCACCAGUCGUCUGGCUUCAUCAUGGCGUACAGACACAGCCAGCCGUGCCCCGGCACGCCCCAGCACACCUAGACAGCUGUUGGAAGCUCCAGGUCAGGCUGAGAAGAAACGACUGGUUUUUCUUCCUGUUUUUCUGAGUGGACUGCAGCAGCUGCAGCAUCUGCAGGCAGAAGCAAUGCUGGAGACUCUCGUCUGGUUCCUGUAGCUUCAGCUUCUCAGAAACGUGGCUGUUACCUCCUCAGCAUCAGGAGACCCUGAGGACUGCUCGCCAUCUGCUCUGCUGGGAGUGUGGCAUGAACACAGAGGCUCUACAGAACAUGAGUCAUGCAGCAGAACCACCAGCAGACACAUUUCUCUGAAUUCAAACUUCAGAUGCACACAUUCACAGCUGAAGAGAGAACGCUUCAUUUCAGCACCAAACAAAACUGAUGACAAACAUGCAAAAUCCACGGUUUCUUCCCUGACCUUGUGCGUGUUCGUGAUGUAGCAGGGAACACAAUCCAGUCCAUGGAGGAACUGCUUUUCUUUUCGCUUAAGAAUACAUGUGGGAUGUUUUUUGCAGCCCAAGUGUAUUUUACUGCACAAACUCAAAGCUGAGCGAUGUUUCCUCUGGAUGACAGAAGUAGUCUUUAGGUUCUAGAACUUGUAAAGCUCACCGUAACAGCUGUUUUUUGUUGGUUUAGUCCACAUUUUGUCAGUGUAAGGGAUGCUUGGAGUUCAGGUUUGUGACAUGCAGGCCUGCUCUACAGCUUCUGCAGUCAUAGCAGCUGAUGCUUCUGCACUCAAACUCAGAGUCGAGGUUUUGAUGAAAAACAUGAUGAUGAAAAAGUCCCGGACCACGCCGACAACUGCAGAUGUGCUUUCAAUGGAUACGGCUUCUUGAAAGAGUUUCUUCUAUGGUUAGGAAGCUAGAGGAAACACCUGAUGGUUCAAACUUCACUCUUACUGGUUGUUAUGUGAGAAAAGUGUUUAUCGGAGGCUUUUUACUUUGAUCCCAACUCUGUAAAAUAAAGCAGGCUCUAAAAUUUUCUUCAUAA